CAGAGAGCUUGGCAGAGAGCUGGCAGAGAGCUGGCAGAGCGGUGGCAGAGCGGUGGCAGAGAGCUGGCAGAGCGGUGGCAGAGAGGUGGCAGAGAGCUGGCAGAGAGCUGGCAGAGCGGUGGAAGAGCGGUGGCAGAGAGCUGCUUAGGGGAUCCGAGACAAUCAGAGACCGUAGUCUGUCCGGCAGGUCGAGCUGCUCCUCUCGCUGCUGAUCCUCUACCUCUGCUGGCGCCCGGCCGCCCCGCCCGCCCCGCCCGCCCGCCCGCCCGCCCGGCCCGCACGGCCCGCAUGGCCCUCUCCCGCAGCACGCCUCCGCAGCCCUCGCGUAAGGCUUCAUGUCUCCCCAUAUCUCCCCAUAUCUCCCCACAUCUCCUCACAUCUCCCCAUAUGUCCUCAUAUCUCCUCACAUCUCCCCAUAUCUCCGCGACCGCUCGCGUAGGCUUGUCGUCAUCGGCAUGA